AUGGCGGCCGAAGGGAGAAACCGCCGUGCUCUGGGUUGCAUUGGGAAUCUGGUUACUGGUCAUGGAAUAGAUUACAAGCCAUUGCCCCAUGUCUCUUGCCCUGUUACAAAAAUAAGUUCUGAUUGUGAAGAAGUCAAGAAGGACAAGGGUUUGAAUAAGAAAAAUUCUGGUGAAGGGCCAUCUAGGAAGAAAGCCUCAACUCUAACUUCAAAUGAGAGCCCAUUUCAUGUCUAUAUGGAUACGCAGUUAGAGAUAAAUGAGAAGAUGAGUGCCAUUCUGAUAGAUUUGUUGAUUGAUGUGCACAACAAAUUCAAGCUCAUGCCUGAGAUUCUUUACUUCACCAUCAUUGUUGAUCGCUACCAUGCGGUGAAAACUCUGGUAAGGAAUGAACUGUAG